AAGCGGUCACACAACCAACACCACCUGGGGCCUCUUCACAAGGCGAACAUACCGCUGCGAUCGCUUUGUGAAAUACAUGCACACCCCCAUGCGCCCAGAUCUGCUGCUGGCGAGCGAAUACUUUCAGCCGAUUAGAGGGUGGUAGCUGUUCCCAAAUUGACCUACUUAGACGCGAUGGAGUCUCUACGGGGGAAGGUGACGAUUGUAACGGGCGCAAGUUCGGGCAUCGGAGCUGGUAUCGCGAAGUAUUUGGCGAAACAAGGAUGUCGACUGUCUUUAACUGGACGGAAACAGGACAAUCUGGAGGCUGUGGCAAAGGAAACUGGUCUGGGUGAAAGCGAUAUCAUCACCACGGUUGGAGAUAUAGCAAAACCAGAGGACAGACAGAACCUCGUGGACAGAACCAUGGCCAAGUACGGUAGGAUAGAUAUUCUGGUCAACAACGCCGGCGUCCUUCAGGUGAGUCCACUCUCCGACGUCACCGAGGAACAUUACGACAGCAUCUUUAACAUCAAUCUGAAAGCACAGGUGUUUCUCACGAAACUCGCCAUCCCACAUCUGACUGAAACCAAAGGAAACAUUGUCAAUAUUUCGUCUACCGGAUCCUGCAAGCCGGGCGCUGGCGAAGGAGUGUACUCCAUGAGCAAGAUUGCUCUGGACAUGUACACCAAAGUCCUUGCUCUAGAACUUGGACCCAAAGGAGUUCGAGUCAAUUCUGUCAACCCAGGGUUUGUUCCAACAGACAUCUUCCGGAGAAGCAACCUUGACCAGAUGUCGGGAGGGUACGUGCCAGAUGAGAUGACAAAGGAACUGACCGCGGCCACGCCCCUCAGAAGACCAGGCUCUCCUGAACAGAUUGGUCAAGUAGUCGCCUUCCUUGCGUCCGACAUGGCAGCGUUCGUCACGGGAGACAUUCUGUUCGCUGAUGGCGGCUGGAGACUUUGACCUAUGUACAUGGAUCGUUGAUGAUGAAGAGGAUGACGACGACGAUGACAACGCCGACGAUAGUGAUAAUGAUGGUUCUUUGCGCUUUUCCAUGCUAGAUAUAAUAAUACUCAGAGCUCAUCAUUGCGCAUGUAUUGAGUACAAGGGUCAUUAAACGUUCUUCAGAUGACGAUGUUCUUGUUUUCACAUUGGUUUCACAAAUACAACGUUCUCUUAUACUAAAUGA